GGGCGGGAGUGAUGGAUAGGAACGGGGCGGAGGCCUGGAGGAGCACAGCUGCUUCCCUGCAAGCGCCUUUCAGCUUCCCAGCAGGGGUCCCCCCGGAGGAGAAGAAACCUCCUGAUUGGCCAGAGGGCAGGCCAGCCCCCCUCCCCCGGAGAAAGUGCGAGCGCUGCGCGAGGCGGCCGCACAGCAGCCGGUUGCAGGAGCCGGGAGAGCAGGGCGAUCACCUGCAUGAUGGGCAGCAGGAUCACUUUCUUUGAGGAGUUCUGGAGGCUCUGGAGUUUUUGUUGACUUCCAAUCCAAGUCAAGGACCUCUGAAACUGGAUAGGGAAGCAUUCACACAACUGAGGUAUUCUCAUAGGUACAUCUGCCUCAGGGCUCCAGACAUAAAAACUCACAGGACCCUCAAAUUCACUUCUUCAGCUUUCACUGCCAGAAGUGAAAGGACAAGAUAGGAGGACUCACUUCAGAACAGGACACCGGAACUCCUGCCAUGCGUUUCCCCAAGCAAUCUAGGAACAUAGACAAGUUAGUGUCCUGAAUGUAUGGAAUUGAACAAAGAGAAAUUGUAUGCAAGUACAAUUGUGUCCAGCUAUCAAUGGAAAAGAGGGAAGCUCAACUGAGGUCUGCAGAAUGGAAGAACACGUUUACCUCUUUCUCAGGUGGAAAUUCUUGAUUGGAAGACAAAGCAGCAGCUAUGCUUUCUGGAGAAGGUUGAGCCACAUGCUACAAUAAGUGACAUCAGACUGAUGUUCCAUAAAUUAUAUCCUCAAUGGUAUCCAGCAAGGCAAUCAAUAAGACUUGAACCCAAAGGAAAAUCACUGCGGAAUGAAGAAAGCCUUCAGCUGCUCCCUGUUGGCACGACUGCUACAUUCUAUUUUAAAGAUUUAGGGCCUCAAAUAGGAUGGACCAUGGUAUUUUUGAUAGAAUACACAGGUCCGUUGUUCAUCUAUUUUGUGUUUUAUUUCCGCAUGCCUUUUAUCUAUGGCCUGGAUGACAGGUUUACCUCAAGCCGACAUCCAGUAGUUAACUUGGCAUGUAUCUGCCAUUCUUUCCACUACAUCAAAAGGUUGAUUGAAACAAUAUUUGUUCAUCGGUUCUCCCAUGGGACUAUGCCACUGAGGAGUAUUGUUAAGAAUUGUUUCUACUACUGGGGAUUUGCUGCCUGGCUUGCUUAUUACAUCAACCAUCCUCUAUACACACCACCCUCCUAUGGACAAAAGCAGGUCAAUUUUGCCCUCAUCAUGUGUCUGACGUGUGAAGCUGGAAACUUUUCUAUCCACAUUGCUCUCAGUAAUCUGAGAAAAGACAGCAAAGGAUCCAAGACCUGUAAGAUCCCUUAUCCAACGAAGAAUCCUUUCACAUGGCUAUUCUAUUUUGUAUCCUGCCCGAACUAUACCUAUGAGCUGGGGACGUGGAUUGGUUUUACGAUCAUGACUCAGUGUGUUCCAGUGGGAUUAUUCACCUUACUGUGUUUUAUUCAAUUGACAGUCUGGGCAAAAGACAAGCAUUACACUUAUCUACGAGAGUUUAAGGACUAUCCUAGUCUUCGAAUGUCUAUCAUUCCUUUCUUAUUGUAACGUUUUGUACUGAACUAUAAGAAGAAAAGCAGAUGAAUUUUAUGAACACAACUACAGCCCAUGGGGCAGGCUAUGAAGAUAAUUGAUGAGAUAUGUUCCCAGUGCAUGCUGAAUCUUCUGUACAGGGAGAAAUUCCAUGGGCUCAAUAGCUCCAAUCCUCUUUGUAUUUCUGCAUUUUGCAACAUGCAAUAUUUGUUCCCAUUUUUCUAUUGCCUCUUUGGCAGCAAAGGUUUUCAGGACUAACUAAAGCUAGUUUGUCAGGAUGUUGUCUGCUGCUGAGAUAAGACACUUUAUGGUCAGGCCCUAGGGCAAAAAGCAAACAUGAAAAUGCAUCAUGUAACAAUCUGAAGUUCCACAAAUGGGCUUAUGAAAAGAAAAGACUGAAACAUAUCCAAAGCUGUCUCAAAGGAAGCUGAUUGGGCAACCUCUAUCACCAGGAAAUAUGGGAACCUGUACACAACAUCGAUGGAAAUAUUAUAUGAGAAUGAAGAGUCUGAGAGUAAUGAACAAUUUACACAUGGUCUUGUUGAGAUUAUACAAUUUCAGAAGGCAAGGUGAGGGUUGUGCAUGUGAAUUUAUGUGAAAUUUCCUGCACAGAGAAAACUAUCACAUGAAGAAAGGUUCUAGCCUGGCCCUUUAACAAAUAUGGUAGCUUUCUAUACUCAGGAAAUCUUUUAUGUGGGGAUUAGAACUCAUGCCUCUCUCUCAAGUUAUGAAGUUCUAGCAGGACUUUCAGUAGUACCAUUCUAAGCAGAGAAUCCCAUUGAUUUCAGAAGUGUGUAGCUCUGCUUAGAUUGGCACUGUAUAUCAUGUGAUUAUUCUGUCUGCAUUUCUUACCUUGAAAAACAUUUGGUGCUACAAUCCUGUGCUCACUUAAUUUGAGAGUAAGAUCUAUUGAAAUCAGUGGGAUGUACUAAUGGGAAAACACAUAUACAAUCCAGUAGUACUUAAACAAGAAGCCUAAGAUGUAGUCCUGAAAGAAAUGCUUGUCUUCACCUGUAACAAAGUCAAAGAAAAGAUUAAACCCUCUAGUGUUGUAUUUCUCCAUAAAGUGUGCAGUCAGUUUCGAGAAGGCUCUGUGCAAACUGCGAAAUUAAUGCACUACUGUCUUAAACACACUUUUUAGUACUUGUUUUAGACUUUAUCAACCAAGGAGCUCUGACUGUUUCCUGACAAGAUUUAUUUCUCUAGAAAUGAUGUAUAGAAAAUUUUUGCAACUGUUUAUAAAGAGAAUAUGCAAUAAAUUCAGGCUUAUAUUUUAAA